AUGAAGUUCGGCUUCGUUUCCCUCACCCUCGGCCUUUUGGCCAGUGCCCUUGCUGUCCCUCUGCAGGGGUCGCACAUGCCUCGCCGGGACACAAUUGCUACACCAGAUAGCAGCGGCAUUGUUUCAAAGCUGUCCCCACGGAACGGGUGGUUUAAAAAAAACAACAGAGACUACGCCAAGGCGUGGCACGCAUGGGACGACCGGCAGAGAGCCCGGAAAAAGAUCGAGGACGAGGCUAAGAGAAACGGCACCUGGAAAGCGGAGGACUUCAUUUAUCCCGACGUCGUGAAAGCGCAGGCCGAGGAGAAGAAGAACCUGGACAGAAUCGAGGACGAGAGAAUCAUACGGCAGGCGAAGUACAAGAAGGAGCUGGAGCAGGCCGCAUUGGAUAAAAAGUGGAAAGCGGUUGAGGACAAGCAGAAGAAGGAACAAGACGACAUCAACGAAGAGGAAAACGAGAAGAGGAAGGAUAGGAAGAAGAAGAAGAAGGCACAAAAGAAGAAGGAGAAGGCAGACAAAAAGAAGCUUACAAAAGAAGAGACUGACGAGAAAAACGAGGCAUAUGAGAAGGCGAAGGCUGACGGGAAGCAGUUGAAGAAGGACGAGAAGAAGAAGAAGAAGGAGAACAGGAAGAAGACGGCCCUGCAGAAUAAGAAGAAGAACCUGGAGAGGAUCGAGAGGCAGAGAAUCAAGAUGGAGGCGAGCUACGCGAAGGCGUUGGAGCAGGCCGCGUUCGAUAAAAAGUGGAAAGCGAUUGAGGCCAAGAAUAAGGAGGAAGAACGUCAGAGGAAGAAAAAGGUCGAAAAGGAGAAGGAGGAGACGCAGAAGAAGUUGAAGGAAAUCAAGAGGAAGAAGAAGGAGAAGAAGCAGGAAGAGGAAAGGAAGAAGAAGAAGGAGCAGGAGGUGCAGGAGGAGAAGAGGAAGGAAGACAGGAAGAAGAAGAAAGAGGAGGAAGAGGAGGAGAAGCACAGGAAGAAGAUUCAGGCCGAAAAGGCGGAGGAGGAAAGGGAGGAGGAGGAGGAGGAGCGGCAGAGGGAGAAGGAAAAGAAGCAGAAGCAGGCCAAAAAGCUGGAGGAGGACAGGGCGAGGAAGGAGGAGGAGCAGAAGAAGGAGGAGGAGCAGAAGAAGCUGGACGACAAGAAGGACUAA